GAGUUAUUUUAAUCGAAGGACUUUUCAAUCCAUGUGUAAAUUUAUAUUGAAAAUCUCUGAAAAUCUUUAAAAAAAAUACUACUAGUCUAGUAAUUAUUUUUGUUUUAAAAGGAAAAAGUUGGUGGUAGUAAUAAAUUCUGAAAACAGCUCUGUUUCUUUAAUCUUUUAUAUAUGCGAUCGUCGCCACUUACUACAUCAGCAAACAAGUUCAAACAAGAAAAAGUAGCUCUUCAACAAUAGCGAUUAGCAAAUGGCAAAAUUGAAGCUGAAAGCGGGGAGCAGACCACCAUGGGUUGGGUUGGCAGCUGCUUUAUGGGUUCAGAUAUCAGCUGGGAACGCCACCAACUUCACACUCUAUUCUUCUGCUCUGAAAUCGGUGUCGGGGUUCAGUCAGCAACAGCUCACGUUCUUGGGAGUAGCAAAUGAUAUUGGAGAAAGUGUUGGACUCCUCCCUGGUAUUGCCUGUAAUCGUUUCCCUCCUUGGACUGUGCUGCUUGUUGGGGUCUUUGCCUGUUUCUUGGGAUAUGGUGUUAUCUGGCUUGAUGUUAGCCAAACUAUUCAUCCUCUGCCUUACUGGGUGUUAUGGAUCGCACUUGUGGUUGCCUCUAAUAGUAAUGCAUGGUUUAGCACAGCAGUGCUAGUAACUAACAUGAGAAAUUUCCCCCUCAGUAGGGGUACUGUUGCUGGCAUCCUCAAAGGUUAUUCUGGGAUCAGUGCUGCUGUAUAUACUGUAUUAUACAGCUUGCUGCUUGAACAAUCUGCUUCGAAACUGCUGCUGUUCCUUACUCUUGGAAUUCCAGUUAUAUGUUUGGCCAUGAUGUACUUUGUUCGCCCUUGCACUCCUCCUUCUGGAGAAGACUCUUCAGUUCAUGUCCACUUUGUUUUUACCCAAGCCGCUAGUGUCUUGCUUGCUAUCUAUCUUCUCACAGUAACAAUUAUAUAUGACAAGGUUUCUCUAAGUGAUGCUGUUUCAUAUGUACUACUUGCUAUUGUACUUCUCUUCUUGCUUUCUCCUCUUGGAAUUCCGAUCAAGAUGACACUUUUUCGAGCCAAUGCAGAGACAAUUACACCCUUGGCAGGUUCAACAGAGCAUUUGGCUGAGGGAGAAGGUGCUCCUAGUCAGUCUGUUCCUUUGUUGUCUCCAUCUUCAUCAACCUCAAAUCUUGGAAGUUUCUUUGAAAGUGAAUACGCCUCGGAUGUGGAAACUCUUCUUGCUGAGGGAGAGGGGGCAGUGAAGAAGAAAAGAAGACCCAGGAGGGGGGAGGACUUCAAGUUUCGUGAAGCUUUUAUCAAGGCUGAUUUUUGGCUUCUUUGGAUUGUAUAUUUUCUUGGAGUUGGUUCUGGUGUUACUGUUCUCAAUAACUUGGCUCAAAUCGGACUUGCAUUUGGAGUAGAGAAUACAACAAUAUUGCUCUCUCUUUUUAGCUUCUGCAAUUUCGUUGGUCGUCUUGGCUCGGGUGCUCUUUCAGAACACUUUGUCAGGACGAGAACCAUUCCUCGAACAUUGUGGAUGGCCUGCACGCUAAUAGUUAUGGUCAUAGCAUUUGUUCUGUAUGCAUUAGCUUUCAGUGGUACCCUCUAUGUUUCAACUGCUUUGCUUGGUAUCUGCUACGGAUUUCAAUAUAAUCUCAUGGUUCCUACAGCAUCUGAACUUUUCGGCUUGGAACAUUUUGGUAUCAUUUACAGCUUUAUGCUGCUAGGAAAUCCUGUAGGUGCACUUCUUUUCUCAGGUCUGCUUGCUGGUUAUGUUUAUGAUGCUGAAGCUGCUAAGCAAGGAAGUUCCACCUGCUUGGGACCUGAAUGCUUCAGGCUCACUUUCUUUGUUUUAGCCGGCAUCUGUGGUCUAGGCAGCUUCUUGAGCUUGAUUUUAACAAUUAGAAUACGGCCAGUUUAUCAGAUGCUAUAUGCUUCUGGUUCAUUUCGUCUUCCUCGGGCUUCGGAUCACUGAAAAUCCGAAGUACUCACUUGCCAGAAUGAAAGUGGUGAUAUGCCUGUUUUAUAUCGGUUUGCUCCACGAAUUUUGCUCUCUAAGCAGUCCCUCACAUUAGCUGCAAAUUUUGCUGCACUUUUGAGCCUAUAUCAAGUAAAGUAGUUCAUUGAGCUUAGUGCUCAUAUAUUUGGCGGUUUUAUUCAGAGGGAUGUAAUGUACCAUCUUAACUAUGAUUAAAAUUUUUCAUAUAUUAAAUAAAGAGAUAUACUUGCAUUUA